AUGAAUAGAUCAUUGAUUUUUGUUAACAGAACUGAAAAAUUAAGAGAGUCUACAAAUAAGGAUGAUGAUUCUAUAACCUAAGCUAACAACUAUACAAGCAUAACUAAAUUGGAUCCACAUUAUUUCUAGGAUUAACACCCCGUAGAUGUCCUAAGCUCAAUCGUAGAACUAAAAAUUCCUCAAAUUGAAAGAGAAGAAUCUAAAUUAGGAGAAAUAGUUGAUAGCCAUUCUAACCUGAAUAUUUAAUUUCCAGAGUCGAAGCUUACUAACUAAUUAAAAAAGCCCCUUCCAUAAUGA